UAUCUAUUCACUAUUGUUCCACACGCCUACGACAUCGCAUUGGAUUGUUUUGAAUUUUAACGGUUUACGACCACCGCCGAACUACCGAAUACCGAACUCAUAAUUCAGAUUGUAGUUGGAGCUCUGUGCCUCCUAUAUCUAUAGUUUAUUACGGUCUGCGCCCUGCGGUGUCAAGAACAAGUUCAGCAACUGAGUAUGCUAAGUGCGUAACACAUUACACGAGCCCGGCGGCCGACACCAGUUCGUCGUGACCUGUGUGUCCUGUAGUUCUGUACACCCGUUCGUUUCUCGUCGCGUCCGCCUUUCGGAUCUUUCGGUUCCGAUUUAUUUUUCAUCCUUUACCAACGGCAGUAUACCGGCAUCGAAAGAUACUCAUUUCUGUCGUCAUGAUGCGCCGGCGGUUAAGUUUCAUCGGUAGUGGAGAGUGUUACGAGCCAGGUGCACUCACCGAGUGCAUCGUCGAGUCUGACCUACAGCGACAGAUACGCGACAGGUUCGAUGAAGAGUGUCCAUAUUCGUUGACCAGGAAGUCUGUGCGGAACAGCCCCCGGGCGCGGAACUGCAACUCUCAAGUAUGGCAAGUGGCUGUCAACACGGUGGCUAAGAAGCGCGACACACUCAGGCGCAGUGUCAGCUCGGUAUUCAGGUCGAUGAACAAACUCAGGACUGGAUUCAAAGUGGCCGCGCAGAAAUUACGACCAUCAACUAGACGUCGUUUUAAAUUGGAUGAGUCGCCUCUUACUCCCAAUACGCCCAGAACCCGGUCUAAGUGUUUGUUGGGGAGAACGCCCACCAAGAUGUACAGCCCUUUUGCCAUUGAUACACCACCGUCGUUGCGUAGGCGAUUUGCUUACAGAAGAAAUCAAAAUAUUGACACUGAAAGUAAUAAAUCAGUGAAUGGGAAAAGUGAAUCUAACAGUUGUGAAACAACAAAUAAUGAAAAUCAGCAACCAACAAUCAAUUUAAAUAAAGAAAAUGCAAAUUAUGGAAGCUUAAUAUAAGUAUUAAUUCUAAAAGAGUACUGCACAAAAUGGUAUUUUUUGCAGAAAACUAGAUAUUACAAGUAUACUGACUGUAUACUGGCUAUGUUGUUUUUGCAUAACACAUUUUAAGUAUUAUUUUUUUACUGUCUAUUUUAAUUUUUAAAUAUUUAAAUUUAUGUUCCUUUCCAAUAUAAUUAGAAAUCAUGGCAAUUAUAUUUUUGUAUUCAUAAACAUAAUUUAUUUGUUACAAAUAUUUACUAUUAUGGUUGUUUUCUUUUUUGGUAACUAAUAAAUAUUUUGACAAAUUA